UCCAAAUCCAAGAAAAAAGAUGCCGCAGUUGACUCUCCUCUCUGCGGAAUAUAAGCACUGGUUGGACGGUCGAGUAAUCCCGAUUGUCAUCGCUCUUCUUCCCAACUUUGGCAACACAGAGAAGGAAAAAGGGGGGGAAACAAUAAUGGGUCCUCUCGCAAUCCUUGUCUGCUUCAGCUGCCCAAUCCUUGUUCUGGGUUUGCUCGCAUUCCUGAACAAGACGCUAAGGAAGCCAAUCCUGCGUCAACGAGAGUUCAAUGCGCGAGGAAUCAGAGGCCCACCGUACAAAUUCCUAUUCGGAAACGCCAGAGAGAUUCAGAAGAUGAAAACGGCCGCCGCGGCCAAACCCAUGUCUAAUCUAUCCCACGAAAUUCGUACAAGGUUGGAGCCUCAUCUGGCCACCUGGACAGAGGCGUACGGCAAGAAUUUCGUGUUCUGGAUGGGGCCUGAGCCCAUCCUGGUAGUGACGGAGCCAGAGCUGGUGAAAGUGGUGGGGAAUGAUGCAGAGAAGGUGUAUCAGAAAUUGGAGUCCGAGGGUUACAUCAAGAAGCUGUUUGGAGAUGGGCUGGUGACGUCGAGAGGAGAAAAGUGGGCCAAGAUGAGGAAAUUGGUCAACCACGCUUUCCAGGGCGACAGCCUAAAGAGCAUGGUUCCAGCAAUGGUCGCUAGCACGCAGGUGAUGCUGCAGAGGUGGGAGGAUCAUGUAGGGGAAGAGAUUGAGGUGUUUGAAGAAUUCAGCUUGUUUACAGCUGAAGUGAUCUCGAGGACUGCUUUCGGGAGUAGUUACUUUCAAGGGAAGCUCGUCUUUGAGGGAAUAACCAAGCUGCUCCAUCUCGCAACUAAAAAUGCUUUCAACAUCCAGAUUCCCGGCUUGAGUUGCAGCAAGGUUUACAAAUCCAAGGAUGAGAUUGAAGCAGAGAAACUUGAGCAACAAAUACGGGACGUGAUCAUUGCAAUGGUCACAAAACGCGAGGAGAUGGUGACGAAUGGAGAUUUAGAUAGUUGUGGAAGUGAUUUCCUAGGAUUACUUGUAAAGGCUCGUUACGAAGAUGAUGAAUCCAAGAGAAUUUCUGUGGAUGACGUGGUUGACGAAUGCAAGACAUUCUAUCUUACUGGACAUGAAACAUGUAACAUUUUGCUCACAUGGGCAAUGUUACUUUUGUCGAUCCAUACAGAUUGGCAAGAAGAAGCAAGAAAAGAAGUCAUGACUCAUUUCGGCAGUAGAACUCCUGAUGCAGAUGGUAUUAUGAAGCUCAAAACGAUGACCAUGAUCAUAAACGAGAUCUUACGUUUGUACCCUCCUGCAUUUGAAAUGAUGCGAAAAGUGGAGAAGGAAGUUCGGCUUGGGAACUUCCUUGUUCCGGCUAAUACAAAUAUAAUCAUCUCAUAUUUGUCACUUCAUCAUGACCCUAAAAUCUGGGGAGAAGAUGUGCACCUUUUUAAGCCAGAAAGGUUCUCUGAAGGGCUUGCCAAAGCAACAAACAACGUCCAAUCUGUGCACAUCCCUUUCGGGGUGCAAGUUAUCCUCCAAGCUCUGUGUGGCUGGUGAAUUUUAACCCUGCACCUAUAGACGAGGAGUGAGUAAGUUGUGUCUUAUCAGUUUUCUCUACAUGGCCACCUUAUUCUUGCAAAAUUAGACAAACAUCAGGGCUAAUCCCACAAGAAUUCUUGCUCAAGAUACAAGGUAGGGACUAAGGAGACUCUUAUGGCUUUCACUUGUAUACUAGUACUCAAAUAAAUUUCUUCUUGUUUCUUUGUGAUAAUUGUGAGCGAACUGACAACCAAUAGUAUUCACUAAACUCUACUCAUAUUUUUCAUCUAAAAAAAAUGAGUAGGAUACCACUCAUCUACAUGCACAACAU